AUGUGGUCAACUGUUUAUUCACGGUGCCUGAGAAAAGCUAAUCGUGAGGAAUCUGUAGCUAUUGCGGAGCUCCCUCCUGGGGGUCUUAAUCAAAAGUUCAUCCGCAAUCAGCUAUAUGCCCGUGGUUGCGUUGUCACAGAAAGUAAAAUGUGUCGGAUAACGAAGAGGCGCUUCAAAGCCGGAAACAAGAAACUCAAAGAUGAGCCUCGCUCUGGUCGACCGACUGCAAUAUCGUUCGACGAAUUGAAAAAUCUGGCGGAGCAGCAUCCAUAUGAAGGUGUGCGGUAUUUUACUGCUAGUCUUGGCUAUUCGCUGUCCACAGUGAGCGAUGGACUGCGAUCUCUCGGAAUGGUGAAAAAGCUCGAAGCCGCAAAUUCGACUGGCUGGACACCGCUGUCACUGGAGAUGAAAAGUGGGUCUCUAUGUCAACCACAUCCACAAACGUGCGAUGACAUGCCGGAUCCUUUCGUGAAAGGUGAAAUACAUGAGAAGAAGGUCAUGCUGAGCGUCUGGUGGGGAGUUCAUGAAAUCUACCGUUUCGAACUGUUGCCGGACAACACGACACUCGCGAAUAAGACUUCCCAGAAAAUUCUGGAACUCGGAUGGGAAGUUCUACCGCACCCACCGUACGGCCCGGACCUGGCCCCAGCGACUACCAACUUUUCCGAUCGCUUCAGCAUCACUUGGAAGAGAAGCGCUACGAUGAUUGUGACCACCUCGAAAAUGACCUUCGGGCUUUCUUCGCCUCCAAGUCGCCGCAUUUCUACGCCAAAAGAAUCCGUGAUCUGGUGA